CCUUGGUUGUGACAACCAGACGUAUCAUUUCACUUUGAAAGAAGCUUUUCAGUGAAAAGGUUUCCUCAAAGGAGUGAGGUCCAGGUGAAGUACAAUCAUGUUGGAAGAUCUUUUCCAGUCCUCCACUGCAGUCUCCCUGUUGGUGGCCAUUGUGGGCCUGCUGGUCCUCCACCUUUUUAACUCCAGCUUCAGCUCCAAAGACCAGAGGGAGCCUCCAGGACCUUAUCCUCUUCCCCUGCUUGGUAACUUGCUUCAGGUGGAUCUCAAUAAACUCGACACAUCCCUUGUUGAUCUGUCCAAAAAAUAUGGACCAGUGUUCACAGUCUACUUUGGACCGAAGAAGGUGGUGGUCCUGGCAGGAUACAGGACAGUCAAACAGGCUCUGGUCAACCAUGCUGAGGAGUUUGGAGACCGAGAGGUCACUCCCAUAUUCCAUGAUUUCAACAAAGGAAAUGGUAUACUAUUUACCAAUGGUGACUCGUGGAAAGAAAUGAGACGUUUUGCUCUAACUACACUGAGAGAAUUUGGGAUGGGCAAAAGGAUUAGUGAAGAGAAGAUCAUUGAGGAAUGUCGCUACCUGAUUGAAGAAUUUGAGAAACAUAAGGGUAAAGCCUUCAACGCCGCCCAGACAGUUAAUAACGCAACUUCAAAUAUUAUAUCAGCUAUCAUGUUUGGAAAGCGGUUUGAAUACAAAGACCCUGUCUUCCAAGCUAUGGUGGAGAGAGACAACGAGACCAUCCAUCUGACUGGAUCAGCAUCCAUCCUGAUGUACAACAUGUUUCCUUGGCUGGGCCCUUUUCUUAAAAACUGGAGGGAUGCGAUAAAGAAUGUGGAGGCCAACAGGGGGGAAAUAAAAAGCUUAAUAGCUGACCUGAAGGAGACUCUGAACCCAGAGAUGUGCAGAUGCUUUGUUGAUGCAUUCCUGAGCCGUAAGCUACAUGUGGAGGAGUCUGAAAUCAAGGAUUCACACUAUCAUGAUGACAACCUGGUCGACAGUGUGAUGAAUCUGUUUGCAGCUGGGACUGAUACUACAGGAAAUACACUUCAGUGGUGUUUACUUUUCAUGGCCAAGUACCCUCAUUUCCAAGACCAGGUCCAGGCAGAGCUAAACAGGGUGGUCGGUAGCCGACAGGUCCGGGUAGAGGACAGGAUGAACCUGCCGUACACUGAUGCUGUCAUCCAUGAGACACAGAGACUGGCCAACAUUGUCCCCAUGUCCAUUCCUCACAAAACCAGCCGAGACGUCACCUUCCAAGGCUACUUUAUCAAAGAGGGGACUACUGUGUUUCCUCUUCUUACUUCUGUCCUGCAUGAUGAGAACGAGUGGGAGAGCCCACACACCUUCAACCCUUCCCACUUCCUGGAUAAGGAGGGUAAAUUUAUCAGGAGAGAUGCCUUCAUGCCCUUUUCUGCAGGUCGCAGGGUGUGUCUUGGGGAAAGUCUGGCUAGGAUGGAGCUCUUCCUCUUCUUCACCGCCCUCCUCCAGCACUUUCAUUUCACUCCUCCACCUGGAGUUACAGAGGAUGAACUGGAUCUGACACCAGCCGUGGGCUUUAUCCUCGCCCCAUUACCUCAUGAGCUGUGUGCCGUCAGUCGCCAAUGAGGAAGAGAGGAGCAUGGCAUUAUAACUACAUGAGCCAAUGGCAUGAAUAUUACUCACCCUCACACAGCAAGCUGUUCUCAUUUACUGUUUGUAUUUAAUAUAAAACCAAUGUAAUUGUGAGCCAGGACGUAGCUGCCUCUCAGGAUUUAGUCAGGUGCUGUAGUAUAAAGAGCGACAAAGCCCACAUAGGGAGGAGGUCAGGGUGGAUGGAUGGGUCAAACAAACACAGGAGUUUCACCCAUCAGACUGAUGCUUGUGUACCAUGUAAAAGCAAGUCAUUGCUGACUUAGGCUACAUCCACACUAUUAUGUUUUUAUUUUGUUAGGCUUACAUACAUUUCAGUAACGGUUCCACCUCGUCGUCGGUCCAAGCAAAUAAAGCCCUGGUCUUUCUUUUUGCCAAGGUUGUUCUUUCUUCAAAGUAUUUUCUGCAAUUUCAACUUGUACAUCCAUGAUUUUUCUAGCGCAGAGGAACGUUAGACAAUAUGUUUUCUGUUUACACAUGCCCAAUGUAUGCAAUUAGUCAUGUGAUAUGCAUUUUCAGAUGUGUUAACAUGGACAGAGAUCAUUUCUGAUACGGAGCCUAAACGCUUGUGUGGACGGAGAUUGUUUUUGUUUCAAUAUGCUGUUUGAAAAUGAAACCAUAGUGUGGAUAGUCUUAUUUUAACUGACUUUUGUUAAGUAACUGAUGGACUUUACUAACGCCACGUACAAACGCUAGGCUACUUAUUUUAACCCAAACCACGAUCUUUUCCUAAACCAAGUAGUUUUGUUGCCUUAAUAGGUUAUUAUAUUGGAAUAACUCAUAAAAAAUUGUGCAUAACUUUUCUUAAAUAUCAUAUAACUUUUGUAUGAGGAUAUGUUGCAUGAUGCAUAACAUACUAAGCAGCCAGAAGAUGUCCCUGCUUAGGACACUGUUGAUUAUUUUCUUUACAAAUGGAUGUAUUUGGUUUUUUAGGUUAAAAUUCGUCAAGGGUUUAAUUUCUUAUAUUGCAGAAAAUGGCAGAAAUCAUAUUAUGAAUACCUUUUUAGACUUGCUUCUUCGUAUAGCUGAUGCCUCAUGUAUGUCUAAAAUUAUAAUAAAGUACUUUUGCACAUACCAAUAUAA